UGAAGGUACAUAAGCACCAUCGCCCACCCAAAAUGGCGAGAAGGUGAAAGAGGCCUAUCCCUUACUUGUGAAGUUAAUUUCUUUGUUUUAACAUAUCUGUGAUUUCAAGAAAAAAAGUUCAGAGGGAAAAUAUAUUCGAUCUUAAAGACCAGUUUUCACAAUAUGAAGAAGUUAUUGCGAUGAGUCAUUCAAAAAAUACUUUUUGAUUGUCGAACUUGUUUUUCGACACCGAUUUCUCAGAGUACACUAAAUCAAAAUCAACAUGCGGGAGUACAAAGUUGUAGUUCUGGGAAGUGGUGGUGUUGGUAAGAGUGCCCUUACAGUGAAGUUUGUAUCCGGGACUUUCAUGGAAAAAUAUGACCCAACGAUCGAAGACUUUUACAGAAAGGAGAUAGAGGUCGAUUCUGCUCCGUCUGUGUUAGAAAUCUUAGACACUGCUGGUACCGAGCAGUUUGCCUCCAUGAGAGAUCUGUACAUUAAAAAUGGACAAGGUUUCGUCAUUGUUUAUAGUAUAACAAGUCUUCAAACGUUCCAAGACAUAAAAACUAUGAAAGAACAAAUCAUUCGUGUCAAAGGAAUUGAAAAUAUACCCAUGAUAUUAGUUGGAAACAAAGCAGAUCUGGAUCAUCAACGUGAAGUACCACGUUCAGAGGGGGAGGCUCUGGGACAAAUGUGGGGAUGUCCAUUUCUGGAAACCUCCGCUAAAAUUACUCAAAAUGUGAAUGAGAUCUUUAUAGAAAUUGUCCGAGAAAUGAACACUAGUCCAGUGAAGGAAAAGGCAAAAUGCUGUCGUUGUGUGGUUUUGUGAAAAAGGUAGAAGAUAGAUGACCAAUGAAAACCAAGAAUCAAACCAUAUAUGAUCCUGUCUGGCUUUUUCAUAAUACCUGAAUAAGUGCUUUUUGUUACUCCCACAGAUAAAGAGCCAAUCAGCUGCCUUCAUGCAUGUUACCAUGACUACAUAAAACAUCUACCAAUCAGUCAAGAAUAUGCAUUGAGAAUUUCAAAACUCGUUCUCACCCUCCAUGUUUUAUCUACACUUUAUGAGACAGUCAAGUCCAUGUGUUUUUUUUUAAGUGUCAUCAUAUAUUUUACAAUUUAUAAUUUCUUUAAAGCAUUAUUUCACUAUAAUGAGUUUUGAGGAAAAAAAUGUUUUAGAAAAUAUUUUUAAAAGAAUAUAAAAGAUCCUUAGAAUGGUAGGUUUCAUGAGAUUGCAGUAUAGUUAGUGCAUACAGUAUUUGUUAUUCAACUCCUACUGGUAUUAUCACUUGUAAAUAACCAUGCAAUAGCUCUGUUAACCUGAGGUACCGGUAAAUGUAUUUUGAGUUUUUGACGUGCAAGAGUCUAGUAACUCAUCAACUUAUGACUUGGAAAAAUUCAUGAUUUUUUUUUACUAACAACUCAUCAGUUUAUUACUGGUUUUUAGAAAAAUUCAAAAGAUAUUUUUUUAUUAAAUGAAACUGUAACAUACAUGUACUAUCACUUAAGAAGUAGAGUUGGGACAACAACAUGAAAGGAUUUGUUUUCAAUAAUCAUACUUGAAUUCUUUCUAAAUCUAUACUUGUAUAAAAAUUAAGACAAAAAAUGAAAUCAAAAGUAAUGACAGGAAAAAAAAACCCCUUAUUUUUGAUGAGUCAAAAAUAUGUUCAAUCACAUUUGUAUGUCGUUCUGUGCAUGGUUAAAGUGCAAUUUGAAAAAUUAUUCCUUUUGUCAGUUUCAUAACAUAUCCCAACACCUCAAAGCAUGUCCACUCAUAAGCAUGUCCACUCAUAGACGUUUCUCACUUUAACAUGAAAACUUUAACAGUGUUUUUACUUUUAUUAACAAAACUUGUCCAAAAAUGAAAGUUUAUAAUUAAAGAAAUGCACAUCACCACACACCAUCAAGAAUGUAUUACACAUGAGAAAUUGUAAUCUUUAAUUUUUUCUGGCCUGUUUGGAAGAAAUUGCCAAAAUAUUUGUAAAGUAGAAUAAAUAGCAUGAACUGGAUUAAGUGCCAUACAUGGUCUUCUUCCUGUUAAAAUAACAGAGAAUUGUCAGCUUUCUGUAUAAAUGUGUACUAGCUGUGAUCAGGUUUUUUUUUUCAAUGAUUAUGAGAAAUUGAGGAAGUUAAAUUCCCUGGAAAUUUCUAUAUGUAUUAAGGAAAAUAAUCUAAAUUAAUGUUUUAUGGAUGUACUAGAUAUGUAUUAAUAUAUGAACAGAAUGAUAUAUGAAAGUUUAAACAGAUUAAUUUUUGUAGUUUGUGAAUGAAAAUAGAAGUCAAUUAUAACUGUACAUGUAAUUAUGGUUAAAAGAUGUAAAGAUAGAAGACAUGAAAGAGGAAGAUAUAUAUGUUUACAUCUUUGGAGAAGCACUAGUGCCAUAUUAAGUGAAUGAAAACAUAGAUUUACUUGUAUAGUACUUUAAUUACAACCAAAUAAUUGUAAUACAUUACAUGUUUUCAACUUCCUAUUUUGGAAAAUAAUUGGGAGACACAUAGCUUGUGUUGGAUAUAUCUAUACAUUGCAGGGGCGUAGCUUCCAUUGUGGCAAUGAGGCAAUUGCCUCACUAGAUUUUUGAGCAACAUUCCCCUUCCCAUAAUCAAUAAUUCAUCGCAGAAAAUAUUUAAUUUAUUUCUUAAAACCUAAUUGUUUUAUUUAUCAUUUAAAUAAAUCUAUAAAUUAUUGUACUGGUUCUGGGUCAAACAUUAUGAGAUCAGGCUCUAUAGUUCUAAGACCUAAAAGCAUUUUUGGGGAAAAUAUAUAUGGAUCACAAAAACAAGGGCAGGCAAAGUUGACAUCCUUUCUAUGGAAAAGGAAAGAUGAAAGUCUAGAAUCGGCAUCAAGUAUUUCACAAACCCUGUAAACUAAUUAUUAAUUUUAUUAUAUUUUCAGAUGAUGCCCAAAUUCAAUCAUAUUUACAUAUUUCAAAAAUAAAUAAACAAAUAAAUAAAAUAUGUAAUUUUUUUCCAAAAGCGAGUUAAAAGGUAGAAUAAACAUUUUUAUACUCUAUUAAAUACUUUGAAAUACAGUAUGUACAUAUAGUAUCAUAUGAAUGCUGAAAGUCAUAAAAUAAGCCGGAAAAAUCACAAUAUUUCUGCCCAGGACAAGUGUCAUUUUAACAUACUAAAACCAACUAUUCAAUUUCCGUUGGUGGCUUCGCCCCCUUGAACCUCCCACAAGACUCCGCCCUGGACCUACUGGGGGGCCUAAGGUGGCCCCAGACCGGCCCCCAGCCACAAUUUAGCUUUGCCUCACUAGAACUUUAGUUCAAGCUACGCCCCUGCAUUGAUAGCAGUUUUUGAAAUUAAUUUUUUUUGCAAAGUUUUGGCAUUUGAAAUGAAAAUAAUACAUGUAUGUUACUAAGGAGAAAGUAAAUGUUAGGCUAUGCUAGGUCUAACUAAGAUUAUAGGUUUAUACAAAAGUAAUUCCCAAAGAAAAAUCUGUCUUUGCUUCCAAUGAUAGAAUUGUCUUAAGCUGUCAACAAGUAAUAUUAAAAAAUGCAUAUACAUUGUACUGUUACAUAGUAAAGACUUAUCUAAAAAUUGGCCUGUCAGCUGACUUUUAAUGAGGUUUCAUGAUGGAGUUUACAAAUACUGUAGUAAUUAAAAGGUUUUCUUCCCCUUCUUUAAAGCUAUCGAAUAAUGUCUUUGUGCAUCAGACUUUAAUUUAUGAAUGAAUGUUUCAGUCAUGUUUUACAAAUACCAUGGUUUCAAAUGCAUUACAGCUUGUUUUUGAACAAUCCAGCGUCUUAGAUGAAAAAGUGUAUAGUUUUUAAAAUUGAAUAAAAAAAAAAACAGAUUAGAUUUAUCCCCCUUUGAAUGUAAAAAUAAUUCCAAGUUCAGAAGAAGACUUUACCUAUAGUGUUCUAAAAAGGAAAAACAUUUUUUUUUCUUUCCUUUUUUAGAAUUUCAGUAUAUGUAAAACUAUGCUACACCAGAUGUGAUAGUGUAUAUUCUUAAGAGUGGUACAUGUAUUAGUGAAAGCUCUUUGUCAAAUACAGAGAAGAGGAAACGAGGAAGUCAUAUAGUAAAGAAGUGUUUGUUAUGAAGCUGUUUACUUCAAUAUUAUAAUUUAUGUUGCUCUAUUUAGACUGUGAUGUAGAAAAAAAAAAAAACAUGUUAAUGGCAAGAGAAGCUAAACAAGAUGGAUAUUUAAAUGUUAUAAACAUUGUAUGCUUAAUUGCAGUAAGUGCAGAAUAAAAUUAAUGUGAAUUUUAAAAAAGACCUGAAUUUGUAUAUAAGUGAUAUUAUUUUGCAUGUAUACACAAGACAUCAGGAAUGUAUAAGAAUGUUGGACUAUUGUUAAUGAUAUUCAUGUUAUCAUUUACAUCAAAUGUAAGAUUGUUCUACAUGUAAGUUACAUUUUAACAGGUACAUGGACAAAGUAACACACUCAUCAAACUUUCCUUUUCUUCCAAUUUCCUUUAAGAUGAUCUAAAGAUA